AUGGGCGCCGGGGGAUGCAGGAUGCGGAGGGCGCCCGCGCGCCUGCUGCUGCUGCCGCCGCUGCUGCUGCCGUGGCUGCUGCUCCUGGCGCCCGGGACCCGGGGGGCGCCCGGCUGCCCCGUCCCCAUCCGCAGCUGCAAGUGCUCCGGGGAGCGGCCCAAGGGGCUGAGCGGCGGCGGCGCCCCCAACCCGGCGCGCAGGAGGGUGGUGUGCGGCGGCGGGGACCUCCCGGAGCCCCCCGAGCCCGGCCUCCUGCCUAACGGCACCGUGACCCUGCUCUUGAGCAACAACAAGAUCACGGGGCUCCGGAAUGGAUCCUUCCUGGGACUGUCCCUGCUGGAGAAGUUGGACCUGAGGAACAAUGUCAUCAGCACUGUGCAGCCCGGUGCCUUCCUGGGCCUGGGGGAGCUGAGGCGCUUAGAUCUCUCCAACAACCGGAUUGGCUGUCUCACCUCUGAGACUUUCCAAGGCCUCCCCAGGCUUCUCCGACUAAACAUUUCUGGAAACAUCUUCUCUAGCCUGCAGCCUGGGGUCUUUGAUGAGCUGCCAGCCCUUAAGCUUGUGGACCUCGGCACCGAGUUCCUGACCUGCGACUGCCGCCUGCGCUGGCUGCCGUCCUGGGCCCGCAAUCACUCCCUGCAGCUGUCUGAGCGCACGCUCUGCGCCUACCCCAGCGCCCUCCACGCCCAGGCCCUGGGCGGCCUGCAGGAGGCCCAGCUGCGCUGCGAGGGGGCUCUGGAGCUACACACGCACUACCUCAUCCCGUCCCGACGCCAAGUGGUGUUCCAGGGUGACCGCCUGCCCUUCCAGUGCUCCGCCAGCUACCUGGGCAACGACACCCGCAUCCGCUGGUACCACAACCGGGCCCCCGUGGACAGCGACGAGCAGGCGGGCAUCCUCCUGGCCGAGAGCCUCAUCCACGACUGCACCAUCAUCACCAGCGAACUGACCCUGUCUCACAUCGGCGUGGGCGCCUCUGGCGAGUGGGAGUGCUCCGUGUCCACCGUCCAGGGCAACGCCAGCAAGAAGGUGGAGAUCGUGGUGCUGGAGAUCUCCGCCUCCUACUGCCCGGCUGAACGUGUCGCCAACAACCGAGGGGACUUCAGGUGGCCUCGAACUCUGGCUGGCAUCACAGCCUACCAAUCCUGCCUGCAGUAUCCCUUCACCUCGGUGCCUCUGAGCGGGGGCACUCCGGGCACCCAGGCCUCCCGCCUGUGUGACCGCGCUGGCCGCUGGGAGCCAGGGGACUACUCCCACUGCCUGUACACCAACGACAUUACCCGGGUGCUUUACACCUUCGUGCUGAUGCCCAUCAACGCCUCCAAUGCGCUGACCCUGGCCCACCAGCUGCGCGUGUACACAGCCGAGGCUGCCAGCUUCUCAGACAUGAUGGAUGUAGUCUACGUGGCUCAGAUGAUCCAGAAGUUUUUGGGUUACGUGGACCAGAUCAAAGAGCUGGUGGAGGUCAUGGUGGACAUGGCCAGCAACCUGAUGCUGGUAGACGAGCACCUGCUGUGGCUGGCCCAGCGAGAGGACAAGGCCUGCAGCGGCGUCGUGGGUGCCCUGGAGCGCAUUGGGGGGGCCAUCUUGAGCCCCCAUGCCCAGCACAUCUCUGUGAACUCGAGGAACGUGGCGUUGGAGGCCUACCUCAUCAAGCCGCACAGCUACGUGGGCCUGACCUGCACGGCCUUCCAGCGGAGGGAGGCCGGUGUGCCCGGCCCCCGGCCCACAGGCCUGGGCCAGAACCCGUCUCCCGAGCUGGAGCCCCUGGCUGAUCAGCAGCUCCGCUUCCGCUGUACCACCGGGAGGCCCAACGUUUCUCUGUCGUCCUUCCACAUCAAGAACAGCGUUGCCCUGGCCUCCAUCCAGCUGCCGCCCAGCCUCUUCUCAUCCCUCCCGGCCUCCCUGGCGCCCCCAGUCUCCCCAGACUGCACCCUGCAACUGCUCGUCUUCAGAAACGGCCGCCUCUUCCGCAGCCACGGCAACACCUCCCGCCCCGGGGCUGUGGGGCCCGGCAAGAGGCGUGGCGUGGGCACCCCUGUCAUCUUCGCAGGAACAAGUGGCUGUGGCGUGGGAAACCUGACGGAGCCAGUGGCCAUUUCCUUACGGCACUGGGCUGAGGGGGCCGAGCCGGUGGCAGCCUGGUGGAGCCAGGAAGGGCCGGCCGGUGCUGGGGGCUGGAGCUCCGAGGGCUGCCAGCUCCGCUCCAGCCAGCCUAACGUCAGCUCCCUGCACUGCCAGCACCUGGGCAACGUGGCCGUGCUCAUGGAGCUGAGUGCCUUCCCCAGGGAGGUGGGGGCCUCGGGGGCAGGGCUGCAUCCUGUCGUGUACCCCUGCACCGCCCUGCUGCUGCUCUGCCUCUUCUCUACCAUCAUCACCUACAUCCUCAACCACAGCUCCAUCCAUGUGUCCCGGAAGGGCUGGCACAUGCUGCUGAACCUGUGCUUCCACAUGGCCAUGACCUCCGCCGUCUUUGCAGGAGGCAUCACACUCACCAACUACCAGAUGGUCUGCCAGGCGGUGGGCAUCACUCUGCACUACUCCUCCCUGUCCACCCUGCUCUGGAUGGGCGUGAAGGCCCGCGUCCUCCACAAGGAGCUCACCUGGAGGGCGCCCCCUCCCCAGGAAGGGGACUCUGCCCCGCCUGCUCCCCGUCCCAUGCUCCGGUUCUAUUUGAUCGCCGGAGGGAUCCCUCUCAUUAUCUGUGGCAUCACAGCUGCUGUCAACAUCCACAACUACCGGGACCACAGCCCCUACUGCUGGCUGGUGUGGCGUCCGAGCUUAGGAGCCUUCUACAUCCCGGUGGCUUUGAUUCUGCUGAUCACCUGGAUCUAUUUCCUGUGUGCGGGACUGCGCCUGAGGGGUCCCCUGGCACAGAGCCCCAAGGGGGUCGCAAGCAGGGCCUCCCUGGACCAAGGGGAGGAGCUGAGGGGUCCCACCAGGCUCAGGAGCAGCGGGCCCCUCCUGAGUGACUCGGGGUCCCUUCUGGCCGCAGGGAGCGCGGGGGUGGCGACGCCUGGGCCCCCGGAGGAUGGGGACGGCCUCUAUUCCCCGGGCGUCCAGCUGGGCGCGCUGGUGACCACGCACUUCCUGUACCUGGCCAUGUGGGCCUGCGGGGCGCUGGCCGUGUCGCAGCGCUGGCUGCCCUGCGUGGUGUGCAGCUGCCUGUACGGGGCGGCGGCCUCGGCCCUGGGCCUCUUCGUCUUCGCCCACCACUGCGCCCGGCGCAGGGACGUCCGGGCGUCCUGGCGCGCCUGCUGCCCCCCGGCCCCGGCCCCGCGCGCCUCCCCCCAGGCCGUGCCCGCGGCCCCCGAGGACGGCUCCCCCGUGUUCGGGGAGGGGCCCCCUUCCCUGAAGUCGUCCCCGAGCGGCAGCAGCGGCCACGCGCCGCCGCCCCCGGGGCCCUGCAAGCUCACCAACCUGCAGCUGGCCCAGAGCCAGGCCUGCGAGGCGGGGGCGGCCCGCGGGGAGGGGGAGCCGGAGCCCGCGGGCGCCCGCGGCGGCCUGGCCCCCCGGCACCCCAACAACCUGCCCCACGGGCGCCGCGCGCACAAGAGCCGGGCCAAGGGGCACCGGGCCGGGGAGGCGGGCGGCAAGAACCGGCUCCGGGCGCUGCGCGGGGGCGCGGCGGCGGCGGCGGCCGGGGCCGGGGCGGCGGAGCUGCCGUCCAGCGAGAGCGGCAGCCUGCACACCAGCCCGUCCGACAGCCGCCCGGGCAGCAGCCGCCACAGCCCGGCCGCCGGCGCCGCGCCCGAGGGCGAGCCCGCGCUCACGCCGUCCGACGGCGGCAGCGACACGAGCGCCGCGCCCGCCCCGGAGGCAGCCCGGCCGGGCCAGCGCCGCAGCGCCAGCCGCGACAGCCUCCGGGGCGCGGCGCCCGACAAGGAGAGCAAGCGCCGCUCCUACCCGCUCCACGCCGCCAGCCUCAACGGCGCCCCCCGGGGCGGCAAGUUCGAGGACGCCACCACCCCGACAGGCGCCGAGGCGGCAGGGGGCGGCUGCAUGAAGACGGGCCUCUGGAAGAGCGAGACCACCGUCUAG